AUGGCACCAUCACGGUCUCGAUCGCCGCUGCUGCCCAUUCUCGCCCUCGCGUGCAUUCUCCCACAUUCGGCAAGUGCCUUUGACUGCAAAGACAUACUCGCCGAUGGCGCGCACUUCAACUUCAAAGAGCUUGGCGGGCCGCACGUGGUCCACUACAAGGAGUCCGAUCUCACCAAGGAACUCGAAUGGAAAUACAACUUCACAAUCGACAUCUGCAACUCUCUCAAAUGGCACAAGGGCGGCAGUCUGGCCACCGAGUGCCAUCACGGGGCCAGGGUGUGUGGCAUCCGAGAGAACAUCGACCUCAGCAAGGACGACAACUCCACCAUCACCCCAAUCGAUAUUGCCGGCACAUACACAACCCAGAACGGGAGGAACAUGGAUGCCAAAUUCGAGAAUCUGGGUCACUCCAAGAGCAACAAGGACGCCGGACUAGAGGGCGUCCGGGCGACGCUAAACGGGGGCAGGUUCCCCUUCGACAGCAAGAGGGAGGGCGUCAAUCAGCGCGCUAUCAUUGAGUUCGUUUGCGACAAGGACAGGACGGGACUAGAAGGCGAUGAGAUGGACAAGAGUCCUCACGAAGACGGUGAUAAAGAUGACAAGGACGACAAGGGCGACGACAAGAAGGAUGACGAAAAGAAACAAGACAAGCUGCGGCCAAGAGAGGAGAGCGGCAAGAGCAAAUGUGAGGACAAUGACAACAGUUUACGCUUCUGUGGUUAUGACUUGGAGACGGAAGAAAAAGACAACAAAGUCCAAACACUUCGAUUGGAGUGGCGAACCAAGUACGCGUGUGCAGACGCGCCUUCGCCCGACGGAGGCUCACACUGGGGCUUCUUCGGCUGGUUCUUCAUCAUUCUUUUCCUUGCAAUUGCUGCCUAUCUCAUAUUCGGCUCAUGGUUGAACUACAACCGCUACGGCGCUCGCGGCUGGGACCUUUUGCCCCACGGCGACACGAUCCGCGACAUCCCAUACAUUGCAAAAGAUUUCGCCAGGAAGGUCAUGGGAACUGUUCAGGGAAGUGGCAGCAGAGGAGGCUAUGCAGCCGUUUAG